AUGCGCGAUGGCCGUGGCUACAUGCGACAAAUAGAGUACGGAGGACGAGGCCCUCGCAGGCGAACCAUCAACAACUACGACUUGAUCGAGGAGGACGAGACCGCAUCGGUUGAUGGAGGUGAUUACGAUUUAUACGGUCAUGGAGACAGCACGGUGGCAUAUGCGGUUCAGCUUGCCAUGCGGGACAAGGAGGAUCAACUGGUGGAAACUGCACUGGAGCGCAUUCGUCGCGCGCAAGUGUUGGGCAAGAAGAAUGUUCGUUUAUCCCAGCCCGAGCUGGAUGCCCUGGAGCGCAAGCGUCAACAAACAGAGGACCCGAGCGGCGCUCGGCGUGUCAGACAAGCCGGUGCUUCAAUGACGAUCAAGCCGCCAUCGAAGCGCAAAAAUAAGAAGCCCCAGGGGCCGCCCGAGCAGGCAAUGGCACCUUAUCCAUACACGCCGAUCGAACCGGGGUGGGGUCAAGGGUUCGGUGCAGCUCCCGGUCGACCAUCGAGCUCGUCUUCUGCUCAUCGUCCUCGAACACCAACUACCCAGUCCUUGCGCCCACAACAAUCGAACUCGCCUCUUCGGCCGACGUAUCCCCCUUUCACGGAACGAUUCACUCCGAACGGUCGUCCGCUGUCGAUGCCGGUGCAUCAGCAGCCGCAGCAUCAGCAGCAGCCGCCGCCCCCACUCCCGCCGCAGCAGCCUGCCUACUCACGGCCUCUUCCUGAUGAUCCCUCGUGGGCGCCGCCAUAUUAUCACCCCACGCAGAUGAAUCCCUACGCAUCGGAACAGCCGCCGUACCAACCGCAGCUACCUAGCGAUCUUCGAGUCGGGCCACAGGGUCGGAUGAGCUACCCAGCGGGGAUGUCGCCGAUCCAAGCUCAGUACCGACAGUCUCCGGAUAAUGCGCGUCAAUCCAUGGGUGCGCCGCACCCACGGGGCGGUCGGCCUGAUCCGGAUUCGGAUUCGGAGAUCUCUAGUGAUGAAGAGGAAGAGACAGAAAGCAGUAGCAGCGAGGAAGAGGAGGAUGAAGUCCAAGUGGUGAAAGUUGUGGAACGUCCCAACCCAGCCGGUUUCCAGCGACGCAAAGUUUCCGGAGGCAGCAGUCGGGCUGGACACAGUAGUCGACCUUCAUCGCGGAGGAGUCGGUGA